GUAUGUAUAAUUGGCAUCGUAGUGUAUGUUCACGUUGUAAAGAUGGCAUAUGGCGUCUCGAAAAAUCGUAUUAGCUGAAUCGUGGACAUAGUCAUUCUCAGGCUUUUUCUUCUCUUCUUCCUUUCGAUAUUCUUGUAAAAUCUAUCCGAUCGCACCAGUGUUUGCGAAAUGCGAUUUUCUAUCAGCCAUUGAAUUUGAGGUUAUGUAUCCAUUUCCGCCCAUCUCCGCCGGCAGGAAGGUUAUACACAACAGUGGUAUGUUGCGGGACGAAUGAUGAAUAAGCUGUUAUCUAUUCCGAUCAAGGAAGUUAGUCGGGAGAUUUCUGGUGGCGUAGUGCGACCGUCCGAGAUCUGUAAGGCCUCUAUUAAACUGACUUCAAUCGUCAAGCCUUUAAACGCUUAUAUCACCGUGACGAGCGAUGUUGCGGAAGAGCAGGCGAGCGUUGCCGAUGAGCGGCAACGGAGGAACUUGUUACUGGGCCAGCUCGACGGUAUUCCCAUCGCCGUUAAGGACAAUUAUUGCGUCAAGGGUAAACCCACGACUUGUGCUUCUCGGAUGUUAGCUAACUUUUCCCCAGGUUACAACGCCACAAUCUACGAAAAGCUCAGGGCACAGGGAGCCGUCCUGAUCGGCAAGACUAAUCUCGACGAGUUUGCCAUGGGCUCCGGCACUAUAGAUUCGCUUUAUGGGCCAACGAAGAAUUUAUGGGGCUCGGAAGUGUUGUCUCAAUUCUAUUCCUACAGGUCUGACGGUUCACAGGUUACCACGAGAAAACUGCAUGAGAAAGAUGCAUGGCGCAUAGCAGGUGGCAGUAGUGGAGGUUCGGCAGUUGCAGUAGCCACAGGUACCUGUUACGCAGCCUUGGGUUCUGACACUGGUGGUUCCACUCGCAAUCCUGCAUCCUAUUGCGGUCUAGUCGGGCUGAAACCAACUUACGGUUUGGUAUCGCGCUACGGUCUUAUUCCUCUACUGAAUUCGAUGGAUGUGCCUGGUAUUCUCGCAAGAACAGUAGAUGACGUUGUAUUAAUUUUAAACGCUAUAGCUGGUCCCGACCAAGCUGAUCCCACUACUGUACAAAGAAAAUAUGUUCCAAUUAACUUAUCCGAAACGAUAGAUAUUAGUAAUCUUAGGAUUGGGAUACCGAAAGAGUACAGGGUACAAGGCAUAAGUGAAGAAAUUGAGGGAUGUUGGGACGAGGUCUCUCGUCUUCUAGAAGAAGCGGGAGCCAGUGUCGUCCCAGUGUCACUACCUCACACAGAUUACUCUAUAGUGUGUUAUUCCGUUUUAAAUCGAUGCGACGUAGCUAGCAACUUGGCUUGCUACGACGGCAUAGAAUAUGGUCAUAGAGCUGACGAGUGGAGUUCAGCACACGAGCUGUAUAAAAAAACGAGAUCGGAGGGCUUCAAUGACGUGGUCAAGGGUCGCAUAUUAGUCGGAAAUUAUUUUCUUUUGUCGGAAAAUUACGAGAAAUAUUAUGUUAAAGCGAUGAAGAUGCGUAGGUUAAUUGCCCAGGACUUUGACGUACUAUGGAAUAACAAUAUAGAUCUUCUGCUGACUCCAACUACUUUAACUGAGGCUCCAUGUUACAACGAAUUCAUACAGCUAGACAAUCAGACGCAGUGUUUAAUUCAGGAUUACUGUACACAGCCUGCAAACAUGGCCGGUUUACCCGCGAUUAACGUACCGAUCAAGCUUUCUCGCAACGGAUUACCUUUAUCUUUGCAAUUAAUGGCACCACUCUUUCACGAAAAGAGGCUGCUUACCGUGGCAAAGAAAAUCGAACAAUCAGUACAGUUCUCGAAACUCGAAUUGAAAAGUUCAUGUUUGCUUGAAUAAAAAAUUAAUUCUUUUACAAACAUUACUCUGUACUUUCUUUGUUUUAUUAGUCCUGAAUUCUUUUAAAUUUAUAUUAGUCCUGAAUUCUUUUAAAUCUAUAUUAGUCCUGAAUUCUUUUAAAUUUACAGUAGCAUAUCGCUACAACGACAUAACUCAAAGAACAAAAUUUUUCAGUUUGAUUGUUUGACUUGUUAAAAUUUUGUAAUUUAAUUUUUUAAUGCGAUUUUGAUGUAGUAACGAUUUGAUUUACUGAUUGUAGAGGAAUAAAACUAUCAUUAGCUCUUCA